ACCAACCAAAUCUUACUUUACAUUUUUCACAUUAGUUUUCUUAUUUUGUUUAGCCACACCUCUGAGACCAUGGGUGCGAAGUUUGGACAUGGAGUGAUGAUACUAUUUGUUAUAAGUGCUUCAAUGUUUUCGAUGAGCAUGGCCAACAAGGACUGGUCCUUUGGUUUCAACUACACUGAUUGGUGGUCUAGAUUCGGGAAUCAUGCUCAGAACAAAACACAACAACCACCCAGGCAGAUACUUGUGGGUGGUUCUGAGCAUUGGCACUACGGUUUCAACUACACCGAUUGGGCCUUCAAGAAUGCACCAUUUUACCUCAAUGAUACUCUAGUUUUCAAAUAUGAUGCUCCAAAUGCCACCAGUUUCCCACACAGUGUGUACAUGAUCAAAAGUUUUGGGAGCUUCAUGAAGUGUGACAUUGAAAAGGCUAAAAUGUUAGCAAAUCCCACGCAAGGUACAGGAGAGAGCUUCAAGUUUGUGUUGAAGAGGUGGCAGCCUCACUACUUUGCCUGUGGUGAGCGAAACGGCUUCCAUUGCAACAACGGCACCAUGAAGUUCGCUGUGAUGCCAAUGCUUCGUCCCUUCUGGCGGUGGCCAUGAUAAAAAAAAAUGCACCACCGCAAUUAGUUAUUAUGUUUUUUUCCUUAUAUAUUAUGUAUUCAGAUUUUGGCAAAUAAAAGUAUAAAACUGUAGUUCUAUACUGAUUUUAUUUUUUUUAUCAAUUUAAUGAUAUUAGUUUUCAGUGUUGUAUUGCAAUUAA